UACAUCUUAAGCAUCAAAUGACAGAGAAGAAAGACGAGAGAAAAAUGGAGAAGAAAGAAAACCAUGGCGGUUACAGGAAGGGAGGGAUGAGAACAAUGCCCUUCAUCUUCUCAAGUGAGAUUUGUGAGAGGUUGGCCAUUGAGGGUUUUACUUCUAAUACGCUUAGCUAUUUGACACUACAGCUUCACAUGCCACUAACCAAGGCAGCCAACACUAUAACAAACUUUCGUGGAACUUCAAGCUUAACACCUUUGCUCGGUGCCUUCAUUGCCGAUGCAUUCGCUGGCCGAUUUUGGACCAUAACAGUGGCUUCCAUUAUAUAUCUAAUAGGACUGGCGAGCUUGACGGUAUCAGCAGCCCUACCAAAGCUAAGGCCACCACCAUGCCAUGGGAAUGAAGUGUGCCAAGAGGCUAAUUCAAGCCAGUUAUCCAUCCUCUAUGUAUCUCUUCUACUUACAGCAAUUGGGUCCGGCGGAAUCCGUCCCUGCGUAGUGGCAUUCGGUGCCGAUCAAUUUGAUGAAACCAAAGCAAAGCAAAAGACUACAACAUCCAACUACUUCAAUUGGUACUACUUCUGUAUGGGCUUGUCCUCCCUUGUGGCUGUGACUGUGAUUGUUUACAUACAAGAAACAAUUGGUUGGGGUUGGGGACUUGGAAUUCCAUCCAUUUUCAUGUUCAUUUCCAUCAUAACCUUCAUCAUUGCCUAUCCAAUUUACCGGCACUCGGAUCCCUCAGGGAGUCCCUUCACUCGAUUGAUACAGGUCAUGGUGGCUGCCUUUAGGAAAAGAAAGUUGCCAAUGGUUUCAGAUCCCAAUUUGCUCUAUGAGAAUGAAGAGCUUGAUGCCUCCAUAUCCAUUACUGGGAAGCUUUUUCACUCUAAACAAUUAAGAUGUUUGGACAAGGCAGCAAUCUUGAUAGAGGAGGAGAAAGUUGGAUCUUUACAGACACCCAACUUAUGGAGGUUAAGUACAGUCCACCGAGUUGAAGAGCUGAAAUCAAUGAUUCGAAUGUUACCAAUAUGGGCUUCUGGGAUUCUUCUCGCAACAGUCUUUGCACAAGCGAGCACCUUCUCCCAACAACAAGCUAGAACCAUGGAUCGUCACCUCUCUCAUUCCUUCCGAAUCCCACCAGGUUCCAUGUCUAUCUUUGCCACGAUUACCACGCUCAUAACACUAUUCCUUUACAACCGCGUCAUCACCCCUGUUGCUAGACGCUUUACUGGUCUCAACAGAGGCAUCUCCUUACUCCACCGAAUGGGCAUUGGGUUCACCAUCUCUGUCUUUGCUACCUUUAUUGCUGGAUUCAUUGAGAUCAAGCGCAAACAUGUAGCUUCCAUUCAUGGCCUCACAGACGAGCCACACUCAACCAUCCCGAUUUCGUUUGGUUGGCUUGUCCCUCAAUAUGUUAUCCAUGGUUUGGCUGAAGCCUUCGUUAACAUUGGACAAAUUGAAUUCUUAUAUGAUCAGGCACCCGAGAGCAUGAGGAGCAUGGCUGCUGCACUGUAUUGGAUAGCGAUGUCGAUGGGAUAUUAUUUUAGUACAAUACUUGUGACGAUGGUAAAUAUGUGCACUAAGGGGAGUUGGCUUCAGGACAAUCUAAACAAGGGGAAGUUAGAGUACUACUAUUGGUUGAUCACAUUGUUGCAGGUUUUGAAUCUCAUAUACUACUUGUUUUGUGCCAAGUUCUAUUCAUGGAAGCCCAUUCAGCACCAUCAAAAAGGGGUUGAUUCUGAAGCCGCAGUUGAACUUGCUGGUCGGGAUUAGUUGGAGAAGCAC